ACCCUGGACAUCCUCCUGAGGCCACAAGGUUGGUGGAUUUCUGUUGGAGAAAGAAGGGCUGGGAAAAACUGAACUCAUCCUAUUGAGGGAGAAAAUGCAACCUGGGGUGAAAUUCAAUGUGCAGGGCCAGGCUGGAUGGGCUUGGAACAACCUGCUCUGCUGGAAGUGUCCCUGCCCGUGGAAUGAGGUGGUCCCUAAGCCCCUUCCAACCCAAACCAUUCCCUGACUCUGGGAACACCUUUCCCCGUGGGAGUGUGGAGCUGCCUUAAAUUCCUGACGGGCUCCUGCUUCCUGCUGCUGUGAGAGCCGAGACUGCCUGGAAAGAGGGAGAAGCUGGCAGUGAAACCCUGCCCUGCUGGGCCUGGCAGGGCUGUCUUAUCAGGGCUGUGCCACAGCCCCGCUCUCACUGCUGCAAAAGAGGAAACGGGAGCACAGGCAGAGGGCUCAGACUUCCCACUGCUUAACUGCGACAAGCUGGUGCAGGAAGACCAAGGAAAAUCCCACUUGACGCGGCAUUUUCUCACUUCCAGUGGCCAAAAGGGCUUUUUUUUUGGGUUUUAUCCUGCCCUCCUUUCAUCUUCUGUUGUCUGAGUUGUUAUCUUACCUCGUCUCCGAGUUGCUCGGGGCAGAGCUGUCAGAUGGACUCGGCUGAGGGGAGUUCCCUGCCCGGGCACGGCUGAAGUGUCCCAGCCCUGCUGGCUCUGACUGCUCCGAGUGCACAAUGACAACGAUGGACGCCAGCCCAAGGAGCAGCACUGCUGCAAAGCACAGCCUGGCCAAGGCUCUCUACGACAACAAGGCGGAGUGCUCGGACGAGCUGGCGUUCCGCAGAGGGGACAUCGUGACGGUGCUGGAGCAGCACGUGGCGGGCAGCGAGGGCUGGUGGCGCUGCUCCCUGCACGGCCACCACGGGCUGGCCCCCGCCAACCGCCUGCAGCUCCUGCCGCCCUCCACAGCCCACGGCCCCGCCGAGCCGCCAGCCACGCUCAGCAUCUACCAGGUGCCCUCCGUGCCCAAGGCCACGCUGGCCUCGGCCACCUACGAGAAGAUGGAGGGCUGGGUGCAGCCCCAGGCCGUGUACCAGGUGCCGGCCCUGGCGGCGCGGCUGCUCAGCGAGAGGACCAAGCGCUCCACGCAGCAGCACCUGUUUACCCUCCCCAGAGCCUGCAGGGCCUCAGCCCCAAACAUCAGGGGUGAGGUGUACGAUGUCCCCUCCUCGCAGCACCGCUCCCUGCUCCCACAGAGUGGUGCCACUCCCCCCAGCACACGGAAGGGCUCCAUGCUGGGCAGAUCCCCUGAGCAGAAGCAGAAGCAGCUGUACAACAUCCCAUCCAAGCCAGAAAAAGGAGGAGCUGGCAGCCAGGACUCACCAGCAGGCAAUUUAUAUGAUGUCCCUCCCAAAAGAGAGCUCGAUGACUCAGAAAAUAAAUCUCAGAAGAAGUGCUGGGGCCAUUACAACACCUUGCCAAACCCUCGGAAAUCCGAAUGGAUUUACGAUAUUCCAGUAUCCCCUGAAAAUUCCGGGUUCAAAGCCAACCCUCCUGGGCAGCCUGUGGAGAAGCAGGUGCUGUAUGACAUUCCCCCAGCCAGGUACAAGGCUGCAGCCACAGCCACUGAAGGCAGGGCUGGGAAUCCACAGCUGUACGACAUUCCACCGGCCCAGCGGAAAUUAACGCUUCCAGCAAUCCCCCUGUACGACGUUCCACCCUCACGGGACGUGCUCCUCCUGCCACAGAACAGCAGCUCUGAGCUGCCCCCGAGGCUCCUGGCUGCCAAGGCUGAGAAUCAGAUCUCUGAGGAGAACGUUUAUGAUAUUCCCAAAGGUUUGCCCAGUGCUGGACACUCCAAAGAGAUGGAAAACAGUGAUGGCUCGAGAGACCAAGCACACGGUGCUUCUCCACAGCUCUCCUUGGAUGCCAAGUCAGAAAAUGACAGUUUGUGUGUCUCUAGUGUGGACAGCAGAAGCAGCACUCUCUCCUCAUCCUCCAGCUCUGCUGCUGAGUCAUUUUCUACACUGUCGCCAUCACCAGAGCCUGUCCAAGAAAUCAAACUGGAGCUGGAAGCAGCCAUCGAGACCCUGACUCGGCUGCAGCACGGCGUGUCCAGCUCCAUCGCCAGUUUAAUGAUCUUUGUGAGCAGCAAGUGGAGAUUGCAGGAGCACCUGGAGAAAAGCCUGGAGGAGAUCCACAGAGCAGUGGACCACAUAAAGGUAUCACUUGGCGAGUUCCUGGCCUUUGCUCAAGCCCUGAAGGGAAACGCCUCCAACCUCACGGAUAACAACCUGCAGGCCAGAAUUAAAAAGCAGCUGGAAAUCCUCAUGAAUUCCUACAAAAUAUUGACAGAAACGAGGGAAGCUCUCAACAGCUGCAGCUGGUCCCUGGAGGCUUUGGUGCUCAGGAAGCCCCAGAACAACCCUGAUGACCUGGAUCGCUUCGUUAUGGUGGCCAGGACAAUUCCAGACGAUAUCAAGAGGUUUGUGUCCAUCAUCAUCGCCAACGGGAAGCUGCUCUUCAGGAAGAACGAGAAGGAGCAAGAAAAGAAGCAGCCAGAAGUGAACCUGGAAUGCAAAAUGGCAAAACAAAUCCCAGUGCCAAGAAGAGUAGAAAUUGAGUCACUCCAGAGAAAUGCUCCUCAGAAAUCCAGCCAAAGCCAGGUCCCUGUGGAGAAACCAGAAGAAAAUUGCAGCGAGGAUUGUGAUUAUGUCCAGUUACAGGUCUUGCCAUGUGCAAAAAAGACUGAAAACGCCAGCAGGAAAAUCCCCCUCCCCGAGCACUGCAGGCUGUGCUUCGCUGCCCUGCACAAGGCCAUCGGCGUGUUCACCGCCAGCCUCAGCAGCCAGCAGCCCCCCGAAAUCUUCAUCUCCCACAGCAAACUCAUCAUCAUGGUGGGCCAGAGGCUGGUGGAUUCCCUGUGCCAGGAGAGCCAGGAGAGGGAGGCCCGGAGCGACGUCCUGCACGGCAGCAGCCGCUUCUGCAGCCUCCUGAAGAAGCUGGCCCUGGCCACCAAGAGCGCGGCCCUCACGUACCCCAACGCCGAGGCCAGCCGGGAGCUGCAGGAGCACACCGAGGAGCUGGCCCAGUACGCGCAGCAGUUCCGAGCCAUGCUGGACUGAGGGACCGCUGCUCCUCGGGGCACUGCUCGCACACAGCUCCCUGAGGGACUCGCUGCCCGCAGGUGAAGAUCCCCACGCUCAGAAUUCCCUCCAGGAAUUCCCUGGUAGCAGGUGAAGAUCCCCACACUCAGAAUUCCCUCCAGGGACUCACUGGCUGCAGGUGAAGAUCCCCACUCAGAACUCCCACCAGGAAUUCCCUGGGUGCCAGUGCAAGUGAAGAUCCCCCUACUCAGAAUUCCCUCCAGGAACUCCCUGGAUGUCAGUGCAGGUGAAGAUCCCCACGCUCAGAAUUCCCUCCAGGGACUCACUGGUAGCAGGUGAAGAUCCCCACACUCAGAAUUCCUUCCAGGAAUUGCCUGAUAGCAGGUAAAGAUUCCCUCACUCAGAACUCCCACCAGGAAUUCCCUGGGUGCUGGUUCAUGUGAAGAUCCCCACACUCAGAAUUCCCACCAGGAAUUCCCUGGAUACCUCUACAGGUGAAGAUCCCCCCACUCAAAAUUCUCACCAGGAAUUCCCUGGGUGUACUGUUGGCAGGUGAAGAUCUCCAUUCAGAAUUCCCACCAGGAAUUCCCUGGGUGCUGGUUCUGGUGAAGAUGCCCACACUCAGAAUUCCCACCAGGAAUUCCCUGGGUGCUCUGGUAGCCAGGGGAAGAUCCCCACAGCAGCUGAUGCAGAAGAAUUAAAUCUGCACUUUCCACUCUUCACGUCCUGCCUGGAAAUGUCAUUGUCACAGCAGCUGGGUGGGAAUGUUUGCUGUGUAUUGGAGCAAAAGUUGUUGAUUAUGGGACUGAUUUCUUAUU